GAUUUUGUGGGUCUGAGAUACCAGUCCAAGAGGGCUGUAAAUUUAUGUACUCAUCCAAUUCUUGCUUCACUUUCACUGUAAUGAAUGGAAAAAAUAAUCUGUAGAGAAGACCAAGACUGUUGUCAACGGCCUCUCGAGAGAACAAAACUGAUAGCGACAGAAGUGAUAAUUCAAGGGGGUCAGCGAUGUCAGGAUUCCAGACACAUAGGAACUUACCGUCACAGACAAUGCCUAGGAGUAACUCUGCUGAAUCAACUCUCACCACUUCUAGCCAAGGGUCUUCAAAAACAACUGAGAAGCGCCAGGCAGAUGAGAGUGAGGUAUUUACCAGAAUGUCCUACUUGGCGGUUGAGACCAACACCAAUGCUUCAUCAUCCAGUGGAUCUCUGCCACCCCAAAAGAGUGUGCUACGAACAGUAUUUAACAUCCCGUGCCUUCUGAUAAUGGCCUUUGUCUUCCUCCCAAGAGCCUUCAUAAAGGCUUGUAUCUCCAGAAAAAACCUAAUCACCUUGCAGAAUGGCAAGAAAUUCUUCAAGAUCCUGUUGUUGCUGGUUCCAAUCAUUUAUGCAGGUAUUUACUGUGUUGGCUCACUAUCGUCCAGGAGAUUAGCAGAGGGGCUAGCAUCACAGGAAACGACAGAGCUACACGAAACAGAGCUGAAGUCACUGUGGCAGUCACACACUUUAUUGGAAGAAAAAGUCCAUGAAAUAGAACACAUUAAAGAGCAGAUGCAGCAUCUGCGUGCAGAGAUCAAUGGUGUGAUGGAGGGUAUCCUGCAUUCUGUUCAAGAAAUCCUGGAGGAGAGUGACAUCCCAGGAGAGAACAGAGAUCAAGUGCUAGAGAUGAUAAAUGUAGCAUUUAAGAAGGUUUAUGAGGACCAUGUCCAGAUGCCUGACUGGGCUCAGAAAUCCAUAGGUGCCACCAUUGAUACAGACAGAACAUCUAAGAGUUUUGAACUUGGGAGAACAGAGGGGUGUUGUUUUGGUUCGUGGUUCUUUUCUUCUGCAAACCCUCCAGAUACUAUUUUACAGCCAGACGUUCACCCUGGAAACUGCUGGGCUUUCCAAGGAUCUCAGGGUCAGGUAGUAAUUAAGUUGCCUGAAAAAAUUUACCCAACCGCUGUUACACUUCAGCACAUCUCUAAAGCAAUCUCUCCUUCUGGAGAUGUAACUAGCGCCCCAAAGGAUUUUGCUGUAUGUGAUAUGAGGCCUGUUCUCUUCACAGCUAUGCACAAGUUUAAGGAAAUUUUUCAGAUGAGGUGGUAAUUUUAUCACUAUUAACAGUGUUCAUUUCUAUAGUCCUUUUUGUCUGAGUAUCUCAAAGUGACUUUACAAAUAAUAACUAAGCCUCACAACAACCUUGUGCUAUUGGUAAAGGAUUCAGAAGGAUAACAUCAUCCACCUCUUAAGUGGAAGCAGCAGCAGUUUAACAUCAUCACACAAUAGGUUUAGGGGAGCUCACUUGAAAUUGCAGCAAAGACUUAGGGUACUUCUACACUGAAUAAAAAAAGACCACAGCAAAUCUCAGGGCCUGGGGUCAACUGCCUUGAGCUCACGGGGCUCAUGCUGUGAGCAUGGGUGGCGAGUAUAAUAAGCCUCCCCAAACAGGUUGUGGCGCACCUCCCUCUGGAGGCACACUGCUGGUCUGCUGCCUUUGGAGCGCCGCUGCAGGAAGGGCGCCCAGGCUGUGACCCCACCCAUGCUCUGCCCCAAGGCCCCACUUCUGCAUCCUGCUUUGCCCUGUGGCCCUGCCCACACUGCUCCUCUUCGUGCCCUCACUCCUCUUCUCCUCUGAAGCUGAUGGGGACU